UCUCUCUCUCUCUCUCUCUCUCUCUCUCUCUCCAGGGCUGCCUGCCUUCAACCGUCCUCUGCUCUCUUCCUUCUCCUUCCUUCUGUCUGUCUGUCUCUGUCUCUCCUCUUCCUCCGUCUUCCUUCAUCGUGUGAAGAAUGAUUAGCAUACAGGAGGCGAGAGGAACUUUCCAGCGCGAGUGAGCAGGAGAGCAAGUGAGCGAAGGGAAGAUCGUGGGAAAAUAAUCAGGAGCGAUUGGAAAGUUUGAGCGAAGGCAGCGUUUCCACACUGAAAAUGAAAUUGGAGGAGGUGUAGUGACCUCUUAUCAGUCGUCUAACAUAGAGGGCCGUGGGGCAAACCGAGGUCUGAACCAGAACAAUUAAACCGGCAAUUACAUCAGAUGGAGGUGGAUGUAGCAGAUGAGAAGCGCCAUUGCACACGCUCAAAAGUUCCCCUGGAGCCAGCCAUACAAGAGUUGUUCAGUGUGUAUGGCUGUCCCGUCGCCAAGAAGAGAAAACCCCUGGAGACUCACGCCCUGGAGCCCUCGGCCAAGAGGAAGGUCUUUCUAACAGUCGUAGACCAGCAGUCAAUGGAGAAAUGCUACAGGACACACAAAAUGGAGGAGAUGGAUGAAAAAGAGGAAGAGGAGGAGGAUGAGGAAGAGGAAAGGGAAGAAGAAGAAGAGGAAGCCGAUGAGGAAUAUACAGACAACGAGGAACAAUAUGAUCAGGAAGAGGUAGAAGUGAUUAAUGGAGAAGAGGAAGAGGUGGAGCAGGAAGAAGAGGAAGUGGUGGAGGAGGAAGAAGAGGAAGAAGGAGUAGAAAGAGAGGGGGAAGAUGAUGAAGAAGAGGAUGAGAUAGAGGAAGAUGAGGAAGAGAAUGAGGAGCAAAUUCAAGAAAUAGAGAGUGACCAUAUGAAUUGCAGUCCCAGCAGAUCAAGCCCCUCCAUGGAGAAGGACAACAACAACAACGAAGAAUAUGAGAACUAUGAUGAACUGGUGGCCAAAUCUCUGCUUAACCUGGGCAAGAUCGCAGAGGAUGCUGCUUACCGGGCCAUGACCGAGUCCGAGAUGAACAGCAACUCCUCAAACAGUGCAGAAGAGGAAGAGGAGGAGGACGAAGACGAAGAGGACGAUGAAGAUGAUGAAGACGAGGAGGGCUCAAGGAAAGGUGAGCUGAGUCUGGAUGUGAACAGUGAUGUGGUAAGAGAGACUGUGGACUCUCUAAAGCUCCUGGCUCAGGGUCACGGGGUCACGCUCUCAGAAAACCUCCAUGAGGAGCCGUACCAGGACGACGGGGGCGAGAACAUCAACGGCAGAGCCACCAUCACUGGGCAGAUGGGGGAGAAGAGUGACGAGGAAGUUUGUCUGAGCAGUUUGGAGUGUCUUCGCAACCAGUGCUUUGACUUGGCGCGCAAGCUCAGCGAGACCAAGCCAUCCGAGCGGCUCAACAAUAACCAGCAGGCUCAUCAUCUUUAUCAAGAGGCUCAACAGCAGCAGCAUCAUCAGACUCAUGAGGAGUGCCGUGUCCUCGAGCGAAACUACUCCGACAUGGUCAACCUGAUGAAGCUUGAGGAGCAGCUCAGCCCUCGAUCCAAGGCUUUCUCCAGCUGCGCCGCAGAGCACAAGUGCUUCCAGGACUGCGAUGAAGACACCACCUCUGUCACGUCCGACCGCUCCGAGGACGUUUUCGACAUGACCAAGGGCAACCUGUCACUGCUGGAGAAGGCCAUAGCGCUGGAAACGGAGCGGGCUAAAGCUUUGCGGGACAAGAUGGCGUCGGAAGCAGUCAGGAGAGAUAGACUGCGUUUGCAUGAGGACGUUUUGAGGCACAGCUGUGCCGAGGAGCGGAAGGCACGUCUGCACCACGAUGGCCUAAAGAAGCCUUACUACCUUAAAGAUUCUUCACGGUCGGGGAAAAAAGAAAGCCGCUGUCCAACGCCUGGCUGUGACGGCACAGGUCAUGUGACGGGUUUGUACCCGCAUCAUCGCAGCCUGUCUGGAUGCCCGCACAAGGACCGAGUCCCACCAGAAAUUCUUGCAAUGUAUGAAAAUGUUCUUAAGUGCCCUACGCCUGGCUGCACGGGCCGGGGUCACGUCAACAGCAACAGGAACUCUCACAGGAGCCUGUCGGGUUGCCCCAUUGCGGCUGCAGAGAAACUGGCCAAAGCCCACGAGAAACAUCAGCCAUGUGAUGGAGGAAAAUCCAACCAGGCUUCAGAUCGUGUGCUCAGACCCAUGUGCUUCGUGAAACAGUUGGAGAUUCCACAGUACGGCUUCAAAAACAACGUUCCCACUUCAACCCCGCGCUCCAACCUGGCCAAAGAGUUAGAGAAGUACUCCAAAACCAGCUUUGACUACAACUACGACAGCAGCAACAUCUACAGCAAACGGCACUCUGCUGCACCCAAGCUCCACGGUCGGGACACACUGCCCAAAAGUGAUGAGGCGAAGCGCUACUGCAAGAGCUGGAGUUCGGCGAGCAGUACCUCGAGCAGCUUCGGGCCCAGCAGCAGCAGUAGCCUGAGCUGUGGAGGAGGAGGAGGAGGAGGAGGAGGAGGAGGAGGAGGAGGAGAGAGCAGCGCCAGCAGCACCUGCAGCAAGAGCAGCUUCGACUACACACACGACAUGGAGGCGGCGCACAUGGCUGCCACUGCCAUCCUCAACCUCUCCACCCGCUGCAGGGAGAUGCCACAGAGCCUGAGCGGGAAACCCCUGGACAUCUGCACGCAGUCUGAUGAUCUGGAUCCCUUCCAGGACAUUUUAGAGGACAGUGCAUACACUACUGAUGUUGGCAUUCCCAGUCCCAAACCAAAAUUUCCGCCUUGCAAAGAAAGCAAAAAGGACCUGAUAACUCUUUCAGGUUGUCCUUUAGCAGAUAAAAGCAUUCGGAGUAUGAUGGCCACCAACUCACAAGAACUCAAGUGCUCGACCCCGGGCUGUGACGGCUCGGGACAUAUUACUGGCAACUACGCUUCACACAGAAGUUUGUCAGGAUGUCCACGGGCCCGGAAGACUGGAAUAAAGAUAACGCACAGUAAAGAGGACAAGGAGGACCAGGAGCCGAUCAGGUGUCCGGUGCCAGGUUGUGAUGGCCAGGGUCACAUAACGGGUAAAUAUGCGUCCCACCGCAGCGCGUCAGGCUGCCCUCUAGCGGCCAAACGGCAGAAGGACGGCUACAUCAGCGGCUCCCAGUUCACAUGGAAGGCUGGGAAGACAGACGGCAUGUCGUGUCCAACCCCGGGCUGUGACGGCUCUGGACACGUCAGCGGCAGUUUCCUGACCCACAGAAGUCUCUCUGGUUGCCCACGUGCCACAGCGGCGAUGAAGAAAGCCCGACUAUCAGGAGUGGAGAUGCUCACAAUAAAACAGCAAACAAGCAAUGGUUUAGACUGCGAUGCAGAUGUUAAACAGCUGGAUGAAGAUGUUAAAGAUUUACAUGAAUCAAAUUCACAGGUGGAGGCGGAUAUGAUCAAACUUAGAACACAGAUCACCACGAUGGAGUCUAAUCUGAGGUCCUUAGAGGAGGAAAACAAGAAAUCCCUCCUCAAAGAGCCUCCAGUCAGACACAACAGCUGUUUACAGUUGCAUCAGAGAGAGCCAAUGAGCGAACAGAGCUUUGACGCAUAUGUGACCACGCUAACGGACAUGUACACCAAUCAAGAUCAGUAUCAGAGCGCAGAGAACAAGGCCCUGCUAGAAAACAUCAAACAAGCAGUCCAAGGCAUUCAAGUCUAGCAUCGCAGAAUGAAGGGGCCACUUUCCUACAGCGAAGGAACACAGGGAACAAAAGACACUUUCAGAAAAAAGAAAAAAAAUCAUAUGGGAUGCCUCACGUUUUGCUGUUGUAGUUUAUCAAACAGUGUUGAAUUCAUGUUCUUUUAAAAAGUGUUAUGCUGACUAAACAUCAUUUUUCUUUGGGUUUAUUUUUCUGGCCUUGCUUUU